AUGCCUAUGUAUCAGCCUUCUAUGGUUGUGGGUUUUGAGGGUGGUGGUGAUGGUCAGAUUCUAGAUCUGGACACCGCCGUGAAAGAUGGUGUUUUGGGCGGUGGUGGCGGGGUUGUGGGAAGUGGUGUUGUUGGUGGUGAGAAAUUAGAUCUGAGAAAAAUGAUUCAAGAGCUUGAGUUAUGUGAAGUACCAAGUGUUUUCAUUUGUCCAAUUUCUCUUGAACCAAUGCAAGACCCUGUUACACUUUGCACUGGACAAACCUACGAGAGGAACAACAUUCUUAAAUGGUUUAACCUAGGACACUUGACAUGUCCCACUACUAUGCAGGAGCUUUGGGAUGAUUCCAUCACUCCAAACACAACGCUUUACAGACUCAUUUACACUUGGUUCUCUCAGAAGUAUUUGUUGAUGAAGAAACGGUCUGAAGAUGUUCAAGGAAGAGCUUCUGAGCUUGUGGAGACGCUCAAGAAGGUGAAGGGUCAAGCUCGUGUUCAUGCUUUGAAGGAACUUCAUCAGGUUGUGGCUUUUCAUGCUACUGCUCGUAAGUCUGUGAUUGAUGAAGGUGGUGUUUCUGUUUUGUGUUCUUUACUUGGUCCUUUUACUUCAUAUGCUGUUGGUUCUGAGGUUAUUGGUAUUCUUGUUAGUUUGACACUUGAUUCUGAAUCCAAAAAGAAUCUUAUGCAACCUGCUAAGAUUUCGUUGAUGGUUGAUAUCUUGAAUGAGGGUUCAAUUGAGACCAAAAUCAAUUGCACGCGGUUGAUCGAAUCGUUAAUCGAGGAGAAAGAUUUUCGGUCCGAGAUUAUCUCCAGCCAUAGUCUAUUGGUUGGUUUGAUGAGGCUUGUUAAGGAUAAGAGACAUAGCAAUGGAAUCUGUCCUGGGUUAAGCCUCCUCAAAACAGUGUGUUUCUAUAAAGAAGUUAAGAUUUUGUUAGUUAGCAUUGGUGCUAUUUCUCAAUUAGUUGAAUUGUUGUCUGGCAUGGAUCAUGAUUGUUUGGAAUUAGCCCUUUGUGUUUUGGAUUCGCUGUCAUCGAUACCCGAAGGCAGAGUUGCUUUGAGGGAUUGUGUCAACACGAUACCUAUCAUGGUGAGAUUUUUGAUGAGGAUCUCGGAAACCUGCACUCAGUACGCGUUGUCAAUUUUGUGGUCUGUUUGCAAGCUUGCGCCCGAGGAGUGUUCGGCGAUUGCCAUCGACGCAGGGCUUGCUGCAAAACUUCUUCUAGUGAUUCAAAGUGGUUGCAAUCCAAUAUUAAAACAACAAUCCGCCGAGCUUUUGAAACUGUGUAGUUUGAAUUAUUCAGAUACUAUCUUCAUUUCCAAGUGCAAGCUUACAAGAACCAUCCAAUGA